GUAGUCGGCUUGUCGCCCGAGCGAAGCGUGCUAACUUACGAAGCGACGACGAACCAGAUACCACCAUAGUAGUACUAUUCUACGCAUCAAGUACAUCAAGGCACAAAAUGAUCACUUGAGCUGAGCUUUCGCAUCUUCGCACACCUGGUUGAUAUUGCGCAUCAAGUUCCCAAUAUAGAAGUGAUGAUACGACAUGUCUGGGGAUCCUACAGUUGGUAUAAAGGUCGAUGAGCGUAGUGCUCGCUCCUCAGCUCACUUUUGCUUCUCGAGCUCACAUUUCUUAUGACCAGUCAUUGCUUUUUCCUAACGACUUGACGAUCCUUCUCGACGCCUAUCCAUACUGAAUAUGCGCUAUCUUACUGUUGUCUCUACCGCCUUGAUCGCCGCGACCGCGGUGCCGGCAUCCGCUCUGCCCUGGGGAUUUGGUACCCGCAACGUCGAGCACGACGCGCUCGUCCAGCGCGAUGUCGCCGACGAGCUCUACACCCGCGGGCUGACAGCACGUUCUCCAUCGAAAGGCGGUAACCCAUACCCACGCCCUGGCACCCCCAACCGGCCGCAAAAUCCAAUCCCCGGUGCACCGCGGCCGUACCCUGGGGUCCCUCAUCCGCGCCCGCGCCGGCCGUCGAACACUGGUCCGCGUCCGUCAGGCCCGAAUCCGAACGCUCCAGUAAGGCCGAAGCCGCACCCUAAGCCUAGGGAGCUCGACGAGUACCUCCUUGCCCGGGCACCGGAAGACGACGAGCUGUGGGCACGCGCGUUGGAGGAUGAGCUCUACGCGAGGACAUUCGUCCAGCGCGACGUCGCCGACGAGCUCUACACCCGCGAGCUAACAGCACGUUCUCCACGCUACAACGGUCCACGCCCUCUGAGCCCGAUCCGGCCGCAGCACCCAAUCCCCGGCGCACCGCGGCCGUACCCUGGGGUCCCUCAUCCGCGCCCGCGCCGGCCGUCGAACACUGGCCCGCGUCCGUCCGGCCCGGAUCCGAACGCUCCAGUAAGGCCGAGGCCGCACCCUAGCCCUAGGGAGCUCGACGAGUACCUCCUCGCCCGGGAACUGGAAGACGACGAGCUGUUGGCACGCGCGUUCGACGAUGAUUCAGAGCUUACGCUUCGCUUCACAAAAUGGAAACGUCCAGUUGUUGGUUGGAACCUGUAUAGGAUAGAAGUAUUUGGCAAGUCGAUAUAUUCUUUGAGUUGCCGAGAAGCAGUUGAAGCGCUCAAGGGUAUCGACCUAGGCGUUUCAUCUAAUCCAAAGGAUAACAAUAUGGCUCCUGACAGUCAUGCAAGGGACAAUCCAUGCUGGCGAUCUGUUGAAGCGUGCCGCUGGGCGAUCGGCCGGUUUGACAUGCCGCCAGUUAGCGUGUCUCGUUCCGUCUCGCCUCCGUCUUCCUCUUUCCAGCACAGACAUGGCACAGGUACAUCACUCGCGGCCGCUGCGGCCGACGCGCCUGGUGCGGCAGAUGCACCCGCCGGACACUACAGCAGGCAAACAGGCGUGUCCUGCCAGUCCUGCGUAAUACGGCGCAAGGAAGGCGACGGCGCUGUCGUGCCCGAUCUAGUCUUCGAUCGACGCAGCGGGGUAAAGGGACCACACCCGGAUCCCUGGUCAUGUUCGACUCGGGUCCCGGUGCCCUCUUUCUGCCCACUCUACAUCUUCUCCUCCAUGCCCCUGUUGCACGAGGCACGCCACUCUGCGUCCCCCAUGGGUGCCCCCCAAGCGAUCCGUCUAGCCCCUAAUGAACAGCGGCGUCUGGACGGUUUUCUGCCCACGCGGCCCUCAGAAUCUAUGAGCCCGCUGUCCACUCGUCCACCCGCGACGCCACCGCCAGAGGGAAACAGGGCCCACAGUCUCUACUCUUGCGGUUCUCUGUCUUACGAAGGUGUUCGCUUCUCCACACCUGUCCGCUCGCGCACCAUCUCGUCGUCAUCCCCCUCAUCAGGCGCAAGUCCCUCUCGCCUGCCCAUCGGAUCACCCGCCCGCAAGUCGGAGCGCCGGAUCACCCACAGAGCGCGCCCCAGCGUACCUACUGGCCUCGGACUCGUCGACGUGGAGAAGCUGGCGUUGGCACCGUCACCGCAAGCCGACGCGUCGCGCGAGGAGCGCGCGCAGCGGCGGCGCGCCGUUCACUUCCAGUCGCAUGCGCAGUUCUCGGAGGCUCUGCGCCGCACGCUCGCCCAGCCGGAAGGCGCGUCUCCGGAGGGCAAGGAUAUGUCGCCGGAGCAGACACUCGAGAUCGAACAGUCACCGCGCGGACAGCGGGACGUACCUGAAGACGAUGACGAUGACUUCCUGUAUGACGAGGACUAUUCCUGGGAGGCGGUGAGUGCUACGUCGGGGAACACACCCGCGCUCCGUAGUGCAUCCAUGCAUGAGCUUGCCGCUGCCUUUCCCUCGCCUCCCAAGACUGCACCCGAGUUUCCGCUCUCGCUCUUCGCCCUCGACCGCGACACGCCACCCAACCUCCCGCUGCCGCCCACUCCGCCGUUCCUACGGACUGCGCGGAGCCCACAUGUCUACGCUAGUGGGGGCUUCGCUGACAAUCGGAUGACGGCAUUCGAUCCCGAGGAGAGCAUGACACGGCUGAAACUGAGCAUAGCGAAAUUGGAAGGGUUUGGGCCUAUUCCGGACGCGCCGGAGCCUGCCUGCUUCUUCGACGAUGACGAGGAGGACUUGGAGGAAGUGCAACUCGACAGCGGCCGUGGUCGCGAUGCAGGUCAAAUAGUGCUGUUGCACAGACCCCCUCCUGAGGACGUGUCCCCGCCGCUCACUCACUCUGAUUCGACGGACGCUAGCUCACCAUUGUCAGAAAUCCAUUCCCCGAUCACCGACGUGGCUGAUCUCAGCUCGCACGAGGUCGAUAGUGAUGCUGAGGCCCGACUGGAGCGGUUGCUUCGCUGCCUCAACCCGACGAAUUUCGCGCGCGCCGGCGUUCCCGCCUUCAGCCCGAGCACCGCAUCCUCUGCGACGGCUUCUAGUCCUCGCACACCGUCUGUGUCAUCACCCCUGACGCCUCCAUCCAUCGAGCUCUUGCCGGAGUUUGAGUUUGAGAAGACGCGGCGCAUCCAUUACAAUCAAGGAAAGGGCCACAAACGGCGGUCAAGCUCCCUGUCUAACCCACUCAUCUCCGGAUGGCAAUCGUUUGCGAGCCCGCUUCUGGCAGCUGGUUCAAAAGACCAGUCUGUGAGCCCUAGAGAUCUGCGGGAUUCCUCUAGCACUGUGACAUCCUCCGCAUCCGCUUACUCCUCUGUGGCUCAUUCCACGUCUUCUACACCUGCCUUUGCUUCGUUUGCGGGACACACGCGCAACCCGUCUGCCGAGUACCGUUCCCGGGGUAUCCAGGCCCAAGUCCCGCCAGAGCCAAAGGGUCCGGAGUCACCUCUGCGGAAAGCUCGCAGCACACCAUUUAUUCGUCGUCCCGUCCGCUACGAGCCUGCACAGCCUAUCUUGCAGCAGCAUCGAUCGAUCGCGCCUCCCCUGCCGCCUCUUCCACCCCUACCGCCCUUGCCUCCUGUCCCUCCGACAGCGAGCUCCGCGCCUCUGCCCAGCUCGCUUGGUCUCGUGCGAUGUGCAACCCACACCGCAAGCACUCCUCGCGAAGCCGAGCGCACGGCGCGUCUGUCGUCCAUGCAAGCCUCCGCGCGCGCGCCAUUGGGCUCCGAGUCUGCGGACGGCCACGUCGGGCUCUUGCCGUCAGCUUCAUGGCGUCGCGUGCACAACCCGAUCGGUACGCCCCCGGCGAUUUCCCCGUCCUCGUCCCGCAUAAGCCGGUCCUCGAGCCCGCGCACUCCGCCGAACAGCGGCGGGACGGGACACUCGAGCUUUAUGCAUAUUACGCCGGAGCAGCCGCACUCGCGCAUGAGCAGGCUGUGGAGUCGGGCUCGGGCGGGCCUCAGUAAGGGGCCUGAGGAAGGGAGAGGCGAGCUUGCCAAGGGCAUCGACGGCGGGAAGGGAGUGAAGAAGAACGCAAGAUGGCUAAGGGGGAGCGUCGUGCAGGGCUGAGGGGAGUAACCUUUAACUGGCAGGCGCGGACCUUCCUCUGUUUGACUUGGCUAACGGACACGCAUUGUACAACGUGAAAGCUUCGCCCAUUGUCGUCUGUUGUAUUACAUCUGUUGUGUUACUCUACUCGUGAACGCACUACCUUACAGUAUGACCGUAAUGUAUACAUAGCAGAUUGCAUUCCUUCCCUACUCUCAACGUUGUAUAUUCAAGCCUGGUUGUAAUAGCUGAUAGUAUCCUAUGACUAUUAAUGCAAGUUGCGGUUACCUGGUCGGGUCAGACAUUCA